AUCAACAUAAGUCCCUCGAGAUCAUGAACUGUAAGGUGGUGGCUGUGUUGUGCCUGGCUACUGUGAUCACCUGCGACACCAGACCUGCAUAUACGUAUAGGCAUCUACUGGAACCCUCAAAGGAAUCUUAUGAGUCGACUGAGGCGAAAUACAGCUUCGAGUGGUCCGUUGAUGAAGACAGUAACGAGUUCGGUCACCAGGAGUCUCGGGAUGGUGAUGACACUAAGGGGUCGUACUACGUGCAGCUUCCUGGAGGUCGUCUGCAUCAGGUGACCUUCUCUGUCGUCGGUGAGUCGGGGUUCAAGCCACUGGUGUCGGUAUUGGGUGGGGCUUCCUUACCUGAGUCAGAUGAAUCGGAUGAAUCAUAUGGGUCAGGUGAGUCAGAUGAAUCAGAAGAGGAUGAUGAUCAUGGUGACAGUCAUAGUAAUGAGAGUGAUGACGAUACUAACGAUAUUGAUGAUAAUAAUAGUGAUGAUUCUGAUGAUAAUAGUGAUGAUUCUGAUGAUAAUAGUUAA